GGUGAGAUAAAAUCAAUAUAAUUUUCAGUUGUGACCUUACUCUUAGGCUAAGAGACAAAUAUAAUGUAAUAUGGUUCUUUUGUCUUAGAACUGAAAGAACAGAGGGAUCAAGGUAAGGAAGGACUAAGGGUAAGGUGAAAGGACUAAGGUAGAUUCUGUCGUCUUGACAGAAGAAGAUAGUGAAAAAAAAUUCAGACCGUUCUCAUGUAAAUCACGAUCAAAUGUUGUUUUUAAAUUUCCCACCAACAUAUGCAUAUGAGAUAUAGGCAUGAGUUUCCUUCAAACUCUUACGCACCACCACUGACAAUAUGCAAUCAGCACCUGCUAGGAACCAGGUUCUCUUAAUUUGUUGCUAGAUUGAGGUAGCUACUCUCCUUCCAUUACAAAAUUUCAAGUGGCUUCUGCUCGAGAAGUGCACGUAUUUUCCCACCCUUAAACCCUUCAAUAAUCAUCACAGGGUAGAAAAUUGUUUACACAAUUAUUUAUGGGGGUGGGGGGAGAUAAUUCUCUCUCUCUCCCCCCACCCCUUCCCGCCGCCCCGAGGGGACUACUGACUCCCUUUCCUCCACCUCACAGUCCUUGCUUUUGUGGUUAGGAGGCUGCCCCUCUGAACUCCCGCCCUCUGGCGACGGCGCAGGCGGGCAGCGUUUGGCGGCUAUCUCUUUAAGUGACAGCUGUGGCUAGAGUCCCAAUCCAGGGCUUGACGUCAGUGCAGCUUCCCGGGGCAGCGAGGAGCUGGUACUGCUGCCGUCUGUGCCUGUGGCUUGCCUCGCGCGCUUGCUCGCUCGCUCUCCUCACCGCCGGGGAGGCGAGUUACUGUUUGCUCCAGUUCCUCCUCCCUCCUGGCUGAGAGCAGAGCAGCAGCCCAAGUCUCUUACACUUACCCCUCGAGCCGGAAAGGAGCAGCUGUUACUAUAUCGCUGCUGCAACAGCGCUGGCACUACCAUCCUUUCCUGCCCUGCCCGCCCCGAUGGAGAGCGAGGGCAACCGCCGCCGCCGCUCCAAGCACUGAACCGGGCUGCCCCAGGUGGACAAGGGAGAGCGCAGGCGGGCGGAAGGCGUCGGGCACCUAGGCACAAGAAGGGGACAAGAGGGCGUGACGGUGGCGGGAGGGGGGAGGGUGUGGGUGGCAAAGGGGUCUAGGAGAGACAAAGUAGGGUGCUUCCAGGAGUCGCUCGGCUGGCAGGGGUGAUGACCAUGGCUCUGAAGGACACGGGCAGCGCAGGCGGCACGAUACUGCCCAUCAGCGAGAUGAUCUCUUCCACCUCUCCCGCGGCGGCCGCCGCCACCUCUUUCACGGGUCCCUGCGCCCCCUCUCCCUUCCCGGAGGUAGUGGAGCUGAAUGUGGGGGGUCAGGUCUAUGUGACCAAGCACUCGACUCUUCUCAGCGUCCCGGACAGCACUUUGGCCAGCAUGUUCUCGCCGCCUAGUCCCCGGGGCGGCGCCCGGCGUCGUGGGGAACUGCCCAGGGAUAGCCGAGCGCGCUUCUUCAUUGACCGGGAUGGCUUCCUCUUCAGGUACGUGCUGGAUUACCUGCGGGACAAACAGCUGUCACUGCCCGAACACUUCCCGGAGAAGGAGCGGCUUUUACGGGAGGCCGAGUACUUCCAACUGGGCGACCUGGUCAAGCUGCUGUCACCCAAGGUGACCAAGCAGAGCUCGCUCAACGACGAGGGUUGCCAAAGCGACCUGGAGGACAACCUGUCUCAAGGCAGCAGUGAUCUGCUCCUGCUCCGGGGCGCCGCCUCAGCCGCCGCCGCCCCCGGCCCCGGAGGCAUCAGCAGCGGCUCCCUGCUGGAUAAGCGCUCGGGCUUCCUCACGCUGGGCUACCGAGGCUCCUACACGACCGUGCGGGACAACCAAGCAGACGCCAAAUUCCGCCGCGUGGCGCGAAUCAUGGUGUGCGGGCGCAUCGCCCUGGCCAAGGAGGUCUUUGGGGACACGCUGAACGAGAGCCGGGACCCCGAUCGCCCCCCGGAAAAGUAUACGUCCCGCUUCUAUCUCAAGUUCACCUACUUGGAACAGGCGUUCGACCGGCUGUCGGAGGCCGGCUUCCACAUGGUGGCGUGUAACUCCACCGGCACCGCCGCCUUCAUCAACCAGUACCGGGACGACAAGAUCUGGAGCAGCUAUACGGAGUACAUCUUCUUCAGACCACCCCAGAAAACAGUGUCACCCAAGCAAGAACAUGAAGAUAGGAAGCAGGAUAAAGUCACAGACAAAGGAAGUGAAAGUGGGACUUCCUGUAAUGAGCUCUCCACUUCCAGUUGUGAUAGCCACUCAGAAGCCAGCACCCCGCAAGACAACCCAGCUAAUGCCCAGCAGGCAGCAGCACACCAACCAAAUACUUUGACAUUGGAUCGUCCCUCCAAAAAGGCACCUGUGCAGUGGAUGCCACCACCAGACAAACGCAGGAACAGUGAACUCUUUCAGACGCUAAUUAGCAAAUCUCGUGAAACAAAUCUUUCUAAAAAGAAAGUAUGUGAGAAGUUAAGUGUGGAAGAAGAGAUGAAAAAAUGCAUUCAGGAUUUUAAAAAAAUCCACAUUCCAGAUUAUUUUCCAGAACGCAAACGCCAAUGGCAAUCAGAACUGUUACAGAAGUAUGGAUUAUAGUAAUUGUUUGCUUCACAAAAUAUUUCAAGUAAUAUCCAACGUCGAUUCAAUUACUAAUACCUGACUGUCCUCCUUAUGGUCUAUUCUGCAGUUGGUGUGGUCCUUGCUGCUCCUCUUUCCGUAAACAGUAGAUGGUGGACAGUACCUAGUUUUGUUUUGUUUUGUUUUUUAAAAAAUGAAAAAAACCCAGAAAUGAAACAAACACAAAUACAAAAUGAAAAAUGAUGUGUCUGAUCUAAAGCAGUUUGUAAGCGUGAAGUGGAAAUGUGCAUGAUCCAGAAUCUUGGAAUCUUGAUUUUACAAGCUCUAGUCAACUGGACAUCUUGUCAUUUUGUAUUCCAUCAAACACCAGUCAUCAUAUCACCCCAUGUUAUGUCACCAAUAAACAUGACUUAAUAUGGAUAAAGCAACAUGAAGUAUAAAAUAAUUAGAAGAUGGUUAUAGAACCCAGUCCCCAACUGUCUCAUUGUUAAUGCAAUAAAGCAAAUCUCUCUUUUGCAUGAGCACAAUGUUAAAAUUAAGUCACACACAAAAAAAGGAAAGACCUUUAGGUUACUUGGAUAAAUAUUUGUUUCAAGCCAAGCUGAUAGACUUAAGGUGUGUUGGGGAUUGAAUGUAUUCUGUUCCAGAUCUGUGGUUUUCCUGUGUGUAUGGUGUUCUCUAUGUAAAGAUGGUGUAAAUAUGCCUUAUACUGUUUUAUUAUGGCACCAACAUUCAUCUAUUAGUGCUCGUCAGGAUUAUUUCUGUGAAAUGCAAAUGUUGCAGCAGGUUGUGAAAAUUGGUCAGAUGGUACUCUGAAAGUUCCUUGUUUAUCAUGUUAGUCAACAAAAUUGGACAAAUGGAGAAAAAAAAAGAUCUUAAUGUGUUUAUUAAAAAGGAACAUGUGAUAGAA